AUGGAGUCCACCUCUGUGCCAUCUAAUGAACAUGCUUCUACAACCAGGUCUAAUGCUAAUUCUUCAUCUGUGAGGGCAAAAUGUGAUCCUGCAUGGGAUCAUGUAAUUGAAGAGUUGAAAGACGGAAAAAGUAGUUAUAGAUGUAUACAUUGUGGGAAAACUUAUAAAGGAGGGGGCAUUAAUCGGAUGAAAAGACAUCUAGCUAGAAUUAAAGGUGAUGUGGCUGCAUGUAUGGGUGUACCUUAUGAUGUUAGGUUUCAAAUGGUUGAGAAUUUGAAGGAAAUUUCAAAAUCUAAAGAACAAACAAAAAAGGAUCAAGAAGCAUCUAAUUAUUCGCCAUUAGAGGAUUCACCAGAAUUUGAAGAUGUCCAAGAAAUUACUCCUAGAGGUAGGGGAACAACACCGAGAGCUCAACCUUCUAUUAAAAGUGUGCUUGCUGGCAAAGAAAAGAAGCGGAGGGUUGAUAUGGUUGUAGCAAGAUGGAUGUAUGAUGCUUGCAUUCCAAUUAAUACUGUGAAUUCUAGUUAUUAUCAACCUAUGUUCAAUGCUGUAGCUUCUUAUGGUCCUGGAUAUAGAGGCCCAAAUUAUCAUGCCCUUCAAGUGCCUUUGUUGAGAGAAGCAAAAAGAGAAGUCCAAUUGAUUGUUGAUUCUCAUCAUUCAUAUUGGGCUAACACUGGUUGUACAAUAAUGGCUGAUGGGUGGACUGAUACUAGGCAUAGAACAUUGAUUAAUUUUCUUGUCUAUUGUCCUAAAGGUAUUAUUUUUAUACGUUCUAUUGAUGCUUCUGACUUGGUUAAGGAUGCUAUUAAUUUAAGUAACUUGUUUGAUGAAAUUGUUAAUUGGGUUGGUCCUGCAAAUAUAGUACAUUUGGUCACUGAUAAUGCUGCAAAUUAUGUAGCUACUGGAAGAAUUUUGCGUGGAAAAUAUAGGAACAUUAGUUGGUCACCUUGUGCAGCACAUUGCCUAAACCUAAUUUUUAAGGAGACUGGGAAGAUGGAUCAUGUAGCUAAACUUGCAAAGCAUGCAUCCAAGAUCACUGUGUUCAUCUAUAACCAUGUGGCUUUGCAAGCUUGGUUGAGGACUAGAAAAAAUUGGACGGAAAUUGUGCGUCCAGGGCCAACUAGGUUUGCUAUUACUUUCAUUGCCUUAGGGAGUCUUAAGGAACAUAAGCAUGACUUACAAGCAUUGGUGACAAGCAAAUUUCAUGUUGAAUCAAGAUAUGCAAAAGAUAAGAAAGUAAAGGCAGUGGUGAAAAUCAUUCUUGAUAAUCAAUUUUGGAAUGAUUGUCAUGUAAUUGUGCAUAAUAUGUCACCAUUGAUUCGUUUAUUACGCAUUGUUGAUUCUGAUGACAAACCAGCUAUGGGUUAUGUAUAUGAUGGCAUGUAUAGAGUAAUUGAUGGAAUUAAAAAAAAAUUCAAGGACAAGAAGAGACUAUGGGAGCCUUAUGUUAAUAUUAUCAAGGAUCAUUGGGAUAAUCAAUUCUAUAGAGAUAUUCAUGCUGCUGCUUAUUGCUUGAAUCCUGCAUUCCAAUAUGACACAUCCACUCUUAAUAAGAAGCUAGAGACACAAUCUGCUGUGAUAGAUGUUAUUGAAUCAAAAGUUUCAGUUGGUCGGUUGAAAGUCAAAAGGAAGAAGUUCAAUUUUGAUCCUAUUGAUUAUGCAAGUAUCGAUAAAACUGAAUUUUGGGUAGUGGAAGAUGAGGAACCUCCAUUUCUUGAUCAUGAGGAGAUAGAAAAUGCAUUAUAUGAAGAGGGAGACUAUCCAAUUGAAGAAGGGUCUUCUAGCCAUGUACAAAGAGAUGUGGACAAUGAAGUGAUUGAGGAUGAUGAUGAUGACAUUAAUUUGGAAUCAUUUGGUGAUGAAGAUGAUGCUCCUCCUGGAUUUAGAGAUAAAAAUCAUCCUAUUCAUGUUGAAGAUGAAGAAGAUGAAGAUGAGGAUGAUGAUAAUGAUGCUAGUGGUGGAGCAUUUGGUUCACAUGAUGAUAUUGAUUUUAAUUUUCUUCAUAACAAAUGA